AAACUCAAGGUUAUUUUGAUGGGGCCUGAUUUCAACAUACCUUUCUGAUAUGCCUAAUGUUGGGGUGGGAAUUAAUUGCAUAUAGAAGUUAAUUUGUCUCACUUAUGGUCUUCUUAUAUUCGUGGAUGCAUAUGUCAGGGGUGGGCUGAUCUGAUCAGAGCAUCAGUCCCCUCUGUUAUCCAUCAAAAGCAACACCAACAACUUGACAAGGAAAAACGUCUGGAGGAAUAAUCUACUACUGACAGAAUAUCACAACACAUAAUAACAAGGGCUCAUUUCCUCAUCUUCCAGUUGUCACUUGCCAGCAACGCCCUUCUGCUUUAUAUAAGUGACAAACAGACCAGUUCCUGAGAAUAAAUCAGUGAAGGGAAACCCUCAGCUCACAGGCCAAAUUAGGCCCACCAGGGACCCUAAUUUCAGAAAUGAGGCCAUUUCCCUCAAACCAUGUCCACCUGCUCCACAUCUGGCUUUGUAUGUGACACCUGGUGUGGGUCAGAUAAAGCUGCAUCUGCAAAGGGACAAUUGGAAUAAAUAAUAAAGGGUGUGCCUGAUUGCUCUUUGAUUAGCAAGGUUGACAUGGCUGGGGAGGAGGGAGCUUGCAACAGCUGGGCUGAACCACUGUGAAAAAUAGAUGCAGAAUGAUAAAUAGAAGGAAAGGGCAGAAAUCACUGUGUUAAAAGUAGAGCAGGGAGAAAAAGAUGGGGAGAGGAUUCCUUUAAAAGUGGAGUAAAGAAUGAAGUAUAAAUGCUAUUUUUGGCAUGUUCCUGAACAGAGGAGUGUAGCCGUAUAUAUUAACUUUGAUUCCUCAGUUUUCCCCAAAACCAGAAAACAGCACAUUCAAACAAAAUUAAAAAUUGUGUGCUUUUGCAUACUUCCUGGGCAGGGGAAUUAAAACAGGACAAAACAAGAAAACAAAAAUGAGGUGCGCCUGCAGAAAUCUGUUUAUGUGCCCUACCAGUACAUAACUGGUGUAACAGAAUUAAUAAAUUAGAAGGUGGGGACAAACAUAAAAGGUAACACCUACUGGUAUAAAUUGUAAAUUACUCCCCAGAUACAAAUUGAAAUACAUAUGGGUCUCAAUUAGUCUAAUGCAAUUUGAAUGGUGGGGUGGGGAGUAGAUUAACAGCUAAGCAAUGCUUACAUGUGGACAAGCCCUGUGGCUUCUCACAGACCAUCCUGCCUGCACCUUAGGGUCAGUGGAUGAUGCCUGACUGGUGGUCCCUACGCAGGAUGAAGUGCAUACCUCUGGGACCAGUGGAAGGACCUUUUUAGUGGUGGCUCCAUGGCUCUGGAAUGUUCUCACUAAGAUGUGCCUAGCCAGAUUAUCAUUUUGUUUUAGAAAGCAGGUGAAGGCACACCUAUUCCAGCAGGGGAAUUGUGAUUGAAGUAAUUUGAAUUUGAAUUAGUUUGAUGCUGCUGCUUUUGUUUGCAAGUUCUUGUGUGGCUUAUUAUGAUGAUGUUGUUGUAAAGCACCCUGUGGCCUGCUGGCAACACUUAUUUUUAAGCAAAAGGACAAAUCAGCAUCUGUGUUGGCUACCCCUUGUCAUAGACUGUGCUUUUUGUAUUGCAUUGCCAUUUGAAAAGCUUGUGGUGCAAUUGAUCUGUUUCAGACCAGAAUCUCUCCCAGUCCCACCCCCACCUGGAGACUGAACCUGGGACCUUCUGCAUGCAAAACAGAUGCUGUACCACUGAGCUGCAUUCCUUUCUCGUAUAUCUCUAUCUUUGGAAAUUGCUACCCUGUUUUCCAGGAACUGCUGAUGCUCAUUCUGAGAAAGAGGAAUAAGAGCAACAUUAUUUUGGAGAACACAGGCAGAAGUCUUUCUUUGUGGAAAUAUGGCAAAGAUCAAGGGGUCAAAAACAGUGUUCCCAUUAUGGUGUAUGGGUUCCACUUUCUUCCCUCCUCACAGCACCAAAUGGGGCAAUACUUUUUCUGUGGCCUUCUGUACAAACAGGAGAAUUUCAUAUUGACUUAAGCACUGAUGUCGACCGGAAAUGCCGUUGCUGUGGGCUGAGUCACCAAGUGCUGGGAGCCAAGCAGCUACAGGGCAGCACAUCAUGUGUCAAAUUUAGAGCUUUGUGAAGGGAUUGCGCAGUUUGCCCUGCUCAGUGGGAUCUUCCAGCCUCUGGCACCUCCACCUCACCCCUCCUCCUUUAGUCAGCUGAGAACAAGCAGUCCUGCUGGCUGGUUAAGACAGGAAACCAAAAGGGAAACUGAAACCUUUUCUUUAGCAAUUCUAAUUCCAGUCAAAGCAUCUAUUAAGGGGAAUUCAUGUGAGCGCUACCAUAAAAAGCCACUGGAGUUUGCAGUCAGAGCAGGAGUGUUGUAACCUGCUCCAAGCACACAUCUGUGGGAAAGGCUUCAGCAGCUGCAGCCCCCUCCUGAGUUUCCUCCUGGCUGAAGUGCCCCGCAGAGAGACUGCUGACAAGCCAGACCAGCCAGAAAAUUACCUAUCCUCUUUCCUGGGCUGCCUUCUGAACUGCUCAGCCAAGCAUCAUGGAAGAUCCAAUGUGCCUGAUCGAGAACAACCCCAAUGAACAGCUGCGGAUCAACCAGGAAGCCCUGAAGAUCUUGCAGAGCGUCCAACAGCCAGUGGUGGUAGUAGCCAUCGUGGGACUGUACCGCACAGGCAAAUCCUACCUCAUGAACAAGCUGGCAGGAAAGAAGAAAGGCUUCUGUCUGGGGGCCACAAUACAAGCACAAACCAUGGGCAUCUGGAUGUGGUGCCUUCCUCACCCCAAAAAGCCUGGCCACACCUUGGUGCUUUUGGACACAGAGGGGCUGGGCGAUGUGGAGAAGAGCAAUACUGCGAAUGACUCCUGGAUUUUUGCCUUGUCCAUUCUGUUAAGCAGCACCUUUGUAUACAACAGCAUGGGCACCAUUGACCAAUAUGCUCUGGAGAAGCUGCAGUAUGUGACAGAGCUGACUAAGCGCAUUAAGGUGAAGAGCACACCUGCAAAGGACUCUGAGGGUGAAGAGGAAGAUUCGAGUGACUUUCUUAGGUUCUUCCCGGCUUUCAUCUGGGCUGUGCGUGAUUUUUCGUUACUGCUGAAACUGAAUGGGAAACCUAUCACCGAAGAUGAAUAUCUGGAGAAUGCCCUGAAGAGGAAGAAAGACAACCCAGAGAAGUUGGACCUUGCCAAGAAAUGCAUACGCCAGUAUUUCCCCAGCCGCAAGUGCUUUGUCUUUGACCGCCCGGCCUCAAGGCGAGCUUUAGAGGAACUGGAGGACCUACCUGAAUCUAAACUGAAUCCUGACUUUCUGGAGCAGGUUCAGCAUUUCUGCAGCUAUAUUCAUGAGCAAGCUCAGGCAAAAGUCCUCCAGGGAGGGCACACGGUGACAGGGACAUCAUUGGGGCAUCUGGUGGUGACCUAUGUGGACGCCAUCUGCAGUGGCUCCAUACCCUGCAUAGAGAACGCGGUGGUAGCCUUGGCGCAGAUUGAGAACAUAGCUGCUUUGCAGGAAGCCAUUACAUACUAUGAAGCUGAGAUGGGGAAACACUUGAAGCUGCCCACUGAGACUAUCGAGGAGCUGCUGGAAGUGCAUGCCCAAUAUGAGAAGGAGGCUAUUAAAGUGUUCUUGGCACGAGCUUUCAAGGAUGUCAAUCACGAGUACCAGAAGGAACUUGGGACCCAGCUGCGUGCCAAGCUUCUAGAGUUCUGUUCUCGCAAUGAGCAGGCAUCAUCAGAUCGCUGCCAGGCUGUGCUUACACAGCUGUUCCAGGACCUGGAAGAGGAGAUUGGCAAGGGGAGCUAUUCUGUGGCUGGGGGCUACCAGCGCUUUCUGGAUGACCAGAAGGAAAAGGUGGAUCAGUAUUACCUGGUGCCUGGGAAAGGACUCAUGGCUUCCCAGGCCCUGCAAGACUUCCUGAAAUCCAAGGAGGCAGCAGCCCAAUCCAUUUUGCAGGCUGACCGGACCCUCACGGACAAACAGAAGGAGCUUGAAGUGGAGCGAGUCAAGGCUGAAGCCUCUGCCCGGGAAGCAGAGUUGCAUGAGAAGAUGAAAGAUGAGGCUGUCCGGAGGGCCCAGCAGCAGGAAAAGAGUUUUGAGGAGCACAAAAGGCAGCUAGAAACAAAAAUGGAGGAGGACAGGAGGAAGCUACUGGCAGAGCAUGAGAUGGUGAUGAAUGCAAAGCUCCAGGAGCAGAGGCGGCUUCAGGAAGAAGGGUUCAAGCGAGAAGUCAGCAGGCUUCAGGGCGAGAUCCAGCGCUUGAACUCUGCGAUGAGUGAACAGUCGAAUGGGGGCUCUGGAUGUGUGUUCCUUUGAAGCUGCUGGCAUUUCCAAAAGGCCCUAAAUGGAUGAGGAAUGGGAUGGAGAGGAGAGAUCUACUUUGUAUCUGGGCUCACUGAGGAGAUAUCUUUGGUGUGACUUUUUGUGUGUAUAUGAGAAAAAUGAUGGCAUUUAAAGACAAAAUGGGUGAAAUUAAACAAGAAGGAAAAUCUGAUAGUUGAUUGUAUUCUGUUGGUAUAAUAGGGUUCAUGCCUUGUAACCUUGUCUUAACUAUUACGUUUAUGUUGCAAAUAGUUCUAGCUGUUGCCUUCCAAGCAUUCGCAUACAUGUGGUUUAUUUAUUUUGGUUUUAUUUUAUGUCUGUAUUUCUUUGACAGUGAUUUAUGAUUGUAUAUGGACCAUGUAUAUUGCCACUAGAUCCUAUUUUAAUAACAGUGCAUUUUGCAGAACCUUAUAUAACAGCUUUUGGACAAUUAAUAAAUAAAUUGGAAUCGGCCAUGGG